UAUGGUGACAGUGUGUACAUCGACAUCUCCACAGCUAUGGAGCGCCGGGCCGCUGUGUAACACACUCUCACUGGAAGUGUUGCUUCUGCCAGCGAAACAUACACUACACGAUUCCAGUGAAGGAAGGAAAUGUGCUUCUCCAUGAUGGUUGUGCUGUCGUAGCAGCGGCGUUAGCCCACAGUUGUUGUGCUGCUUGAACGGACCUCCCUCUUUGUGUCCACCCGGAGGAACACCAGCCUGCCUGUCUGCGACGAGGGCGGAGCUGGACUGGUGUCACGAAGACAUGUCUCAUUACAGAAACUAGAGACUUCGCUAACACUGGCUAAACAUCUACACGGCGUUGGGUUCGACUGCCACGACAAAGCGCCUGUGAAGUCGACUCGAGGAGAAGCAAGAUGCCGGUGAAAGGCGGCGGAAGACUGACCUCUUACCCGAGCAAGAGCGAAAAUGUCGGAGAAGUGGAGGAACACGGUGCAAGCGCUCAGGACUCUCCGCGGGACAGGAGCAGAAGGAGAUGGAGGAGGCGCUAGCUCAGGAAUGGAAGAGAUGGUCUGGGAGCAGUUCACAGUCACUUUGCAGCGGGACUCUAAGAUGGGUUUUGGCAUUGCUGUGUCAGGUGGGCGUGACAACCCCAACGUGGAUAAUGGUGAGACGUCAAUCAUCGUGUCAGAUGUGCUGCAGGGAGGACCAGCAGAUGGAUUACUCUUUGAGAAUGAUCGCGUCAUUCAGGUCAACUCCAUCCCCAUGGACAAUGUGCCUCAUUCCUUUGCUGUGCAGUCCCUCCGUAAAUGUGGAAAAGUGGCCAGAAUAAUGGUGAAGAGACCUCGUAAGGUGGCGGUCCACUCACUGAAGCAACCCCCCUCCCCAGGCGGAGACAGUCAUGAAUACGCCCCAUCCACCCACUAUUAUGAUGCUGACAAUGACAAUGACUGGUACCACACUGAAGGCCGCGAUCACACCUCUGACAGCAAAGCAUACCUGGAUCCCGAGUACAGGGGAGGACGGGACUCCAACCAGAGAGGAAGGAACCGAGGAAGGAGCAGGGAAAGAAGCUCACCCAGCCCAGACAGAUCCAGAAGGGAGGGUAGCCGUGGACGAGCAUUGGACAGCAGCACUGAACAUCAGAGGUACCACAGCCAAGGGCGUAGCCCCGGGGACAGCUGCCGCACGGAGGACAAGUAUGAGCAAGGAGGACGAGGAAGAGGAGCGAGGUAUAGGAGCAGGGACCAUCUCAAUGACAACCCUCCAUCCCCAGAACCCUCCAGAGAGCUUGAGCCCCUGGAGAAACCUGUCAACGUCCUGCUGGUGAAGAAUAGACCCAGUGAAGAGUAUGGUCUACGUCUGGGAAGUCAGAUCUUCAUCAAACAGAUGACCAGCACGGGCCUGGCGGCCAUGGAUGGGAACCUGCAGGAGGGAGACAUUAUUCUCAAGAUCAAUGGGACAGUGACGGAGAACCUCUCUCUGCAUGAUGCUGGAAAGCUGAUAGAGAAGUCAAGAGGGAAGCUGCAGCUUGUGGUCCAGAGAGACCGACGCCAGAUCCUUGUACGCAUCCCCCCCCUUGCAGACUCUGAUUCUGAUAAUGACGACAUGUCAGAGAUGGAGUCAUACCACUCAUAUUCUCCUCCAGAGGAGAGGAGGUCCCAUCAGUCUGACCUGUCCUCCCACUCUUCUAAUGAAAGAGACAACCCCAGGGAAGAACCCAUGACGACAGCCAAGAUGUCUGCCAUGGCAUCCCCAUUCAGAGUACCUGAAGAACCCCAAGCCUCAGCUGAGCUGGACAAAGACACACUGCACAUUGAGGAGCCUCCAGCAGCUGUAACAGCCACACCCAAGAUUCUCCUCCGACCAAGUCCAGAAGAUGAAAAAAUAUAUGGGCCGAACACGGUGAUGGUGAAUUUCCAAAAGGGAGACAGUGUUGGGCUGAGGCUGGCUGGAGGAAAUGAUGUUGGCAUCUUCAUCGCUAGUGUUCAAGAGGGCAGUCCCGCUGAAGAGGAGGGCCUGCGUGUAGGAGACCAAAUCCUAAAGGUGAACAGUGUUGAUUUUCAAGGUGUAGUGAGAGAGGAAGCAGUGCUCUUCCUGUUGGAGAUUCCUAAGGGGGAAGUGGUUACUAUCCUGGCCCAGAGCAAACCUGACGUCUAUAAUGAUAUCUUGGUGUCAGGGCGUGGUGACUCAUUUUUCAUCCGGACCCACUUUGAGUAUGAGAGGGAGACUCCUCAGAGCCUAGCUUUCAGCCGGGGGGACAUCUUCAAGGUGGUGGACACACUCUAUGACGGCAAGCUCGGCAACUGGCUAGCAAUCCGUGUUGGCAAGGACAAGGAGCUGCUGGAGAAAGGCAUCAUCCCCAACAAAAGCAGAGCGGAGCAAAUGGCCAGUGUCCAGAGCUCCCAUAAAGCUGUCGCAGGCGAUCGUGCUGAAUUCUGGAGGUUGCGAGGCCACCGAUCUCUGAAGAGGAAAGACCUGAGGAAAAACAAAGAAAAUCUGAGCAGCCAGACCCUGGCCACCCGCUUCCCAGCAUACGAACGAGUGGUGCUCCGAGAAGCUGGUUUCCGGCGUCCUGUGGUGCUGUUCGGCUGUAUCGCUGAUGCUGCAAACGAGAAACUGGCCUCAGAGAUGCCCGAUCUGUUUGUUAUCGCCAAAACCGAGCCAAAGGACGCCGGCUCUGAGAAAUCUUCAGGAGUGGUUAGAUUAAACACCAUCAGGCAAAUCAUUGAGCAGGAUAAGCACGCCCUGCUGGAUGUGACACCCAAGGCAGUGGACACUCUGAACUACACUCAGUGGUACCCCAUUGUCAUCUUCUUCAAUCCCGACAGCAAGCACGGCAUCAAGGCCUUGAGACAGAGGAUCGCCCCCAACUCCAACCGCAGUGCCCACAAACUUUAUGAACAGGCCGUCAAACUGAGGAAGACCUGCUCUCACUUAUUCACUGCCACCAUUGAUCUGAACUCAGCCAACGACGCCUGGUACGGCGGCGUCAAAGAUUCCAUCAGAGAGCAGCAGAUGCAGGCUGUCUGGGUUUCUGAUGGCAAGCUGGAGGGAGUAGAAAGUGAUCUGGACUGCCAGGACAUGGAGCGUCUGUCUUUCCUGUCCGCCGACUACCUCAGCAUGGACAGCCGGCUGACAUCCGACAUGGAUGACACGGCUGAUGAGGGCGGGGCAUACACCGACAAUGAUGCAGAUGUGGAGAUGAUGCACAUUUCAGCCAUCAGCCGCUCAUCUGAACCUGUCACAGCUGAGGAGAUCUUGCGCAGGUACAGUCCAGACAUCAGGAGUCGCAUGAGGAAAAUCAGCAAUCGGGAAGUCCUGAACAGGUCCAGCCCUCCACCUGUCCUCUUAUCAGGCAGCAAGGUGAAGCUGUCAUUGAGGGACGAUCCGGUCCUUGUAUCAGGCUCCUCCAACCCACACCAUCGCCACCGUCAACACCACCCUCCACCCCCGAGCUCCAGCCGAAGUUACGAUUCUCCAUCCAGCAGCAGCCCCGCUAGCAGUAACAAUGACCCUCCACCACCUAUCUCCCGUUCAGCUGCCUCCCUCUGCCAAAUGCCCUCACCUCCAGCUCAUCAUUUCAACUCCUGCAGCAAACUACGUCCCCUGGCAGUGCCCCAGCCCCCUCCUCCCCCCAAGCCAAGUAGCUUUGGGAGCACAGUAGAGGCAGCAGUUCACCAUGUGGCUCUGCCAAGUGCAGCCAUGGUUGCCUGUAGGCAGCAGGAGGAGGAAGCAGAUGACAUCCCUGUGGACGAUCCGUCCAUGCGGACCUUCCUGGGGAAGAUCAAGGCCUUCGAAAAGAUGGAUCACUUUGCCCGAGCCCAAAGGAUCCUGGAAGUGCAGGAGGCACAGAAUGCCAGGUUGGAAAUUUCUCAGAAGCACCCAGACAUUUAUGCUGUUCCUCUGAAGACAGCCAAGCUGGAUCACAGUCGCCCACAGCCUGUCGGCUCCAGCUCCUGUCCUGAACCCCAGAUUCUCUCAUUGUCCAGGGAGGAAGGUCCCUUCUACCAUGCUGAAGAGGAGGCAGAGGUGGAGGCAGAGCCAGGAUAUUACAAUACCAACUCCUAUCAGUACCAGGACACUGAACUGUAGGGCCAGCACACUACAGCUGUGCUGGCCCUCACCUCCUGAACAUACUUGUACACAUGCACUGCAUAUGCAGUCUAUUUACACACUUACCAUUCCAUCACGUCCUGCACAAAAAGCCGCUGACUUUGAACUGACUCUCGCUUCUUAAAUAAUGAGGGGGAAAAAUUGCCUUUUUUUGCUUCAAGAAAGUUAAAGCAAUCAGUACUAUCCAUUUUGGAUAGGAACACACUGUCUUCAUUUUACUUUUUCUGUUUUAUAUUAUUGUUUUAUUCUUACAUACUACUUUUAAUGGUCAAAACUGAGACUAGACACUACAUGUUUUCUUGCCUAUGCAACUCUUCAGUUUGUGCACAGCAACUGAAACCUAUUGCCACGAGUUUUGCCCUCACAAAAACCUCAAUAAACCCAAACCCCACAA